AUGUUCCUUUCAGAGAGGAAGGCUAGUCAUUCCCGUGAUACUCAAGGAAAUAUUGUUGGUAUAGACUUUUCGGGGGAUGAUGGUUCAGAUUCUACAUCCAAAGAAUGGGUUUAUACAAGAUGGGCCAAAAUAAUGUUUCGAACAGCUGCUAUGAUCAGUCUGGCAUCAGUUAGUAUGAAUACACCGGAUACAUUUAGACAAGUUCCAGUGUUAAUUGGAAAUGAUCAGCAAAAUGUAUAUCGAAGGCUUAUUUGUUCCUGCAUCAAGUCAGAAUUUGAAUCAACUAAUUCGAACACAAAUUGCUGCCAAGGUAAUAAUUUAUCUAUUAUUUAUGAUAUAUAUUUAUGA